AAAAUAACUUAGUAGUUUUUAGUAGUAAAUAUAAGACAUGCCAAUUUUUAAAAACUUAAGCAUAAAGAGGUAUUUAAAAUUGAAAGUCAAGACCUCCCUUCAUGUCCUGAAGUUUAUUACCCAAAUCUCACCCUCAAGGAAAAUAACUGGCAGCAGUUUGGUAUAUGUAUCCUACCAGGCUUUCUAUGACAAGUCAUAUGUGUUGUUGUCUCAGCAGAUGGCACCACCUAGUCCAAGCAGCAGUGCACCCAACAGCAGCAGUGGGAGCAACGGGAACGACCAACUGAGCAAAACCAACCUCUACAUCCGGGGUUUGCAACCAGGCACUACUGACCAGGACCUUGUCAAGCUGUGCCAGUCCUAUGGCAAGAUCGUCUCCACGAAGGCCAUAUUGGACAAGACCACAAACAAAUGCAAAGGCUACGGCUUUGUGGACUUUGACAGCCCUUCAGCCGCGCAGAAGGCCGUGACAGCACUGAAGGCCAGUGGUGUCCAGGCACAGAUGGCAAAGCAACAGGAGCAGGACCCCACAAAUUUAUACAUAUCAAACCUCCCGCUGUCGAUGGAUGAGCAAGAGCUGGAGGGAAUGCUGAAGCCCUUUGGCCAAGUGAUCUCCACUCGGAUCCUCCGAGACACCAGUGGGGCCAGCAGAGGGGUCGGCUUUGCGAGGAUGGAAUCCACAGAGAAGUGUGAAGCCAUCAUCACCCACUUUAACGGAAAAUAUAUUAAGACACCCCCUGGAGUGCCAGCCCCAUCAGAUCCGUUGCUUUGCAAAUUCGCUGAUGGUGGUCCAAAGAAAAGACAGAAUCCAGGAAAAUUUGUGCAGAAUGGACGGGCCUGGCCAAGGAAUGGAGACAUGGGUGGUGUGGCCUUGACUUAUGACCCCUCCACAGCUCUUCAGAAUGGGUUCUACCCAGCUCCUUAUAACAUCACUCCCAACAGGAUGCUCACUCAGUCUGCACUCUCCCCAUACCUGCCGUCUCCUGUGUCUUCCUAUCAGAGAGAGGAAGGGAGAGGGAGAAACAUCGAUGUGAAAGAGAAAUAUCGAUCGACUGCCUCCUGCCAGCACCCCAGACUGGGCAUCAAGCCGGCAACCUGGAGAGUCGCUCAGACAUCUCCUCUACAAGUACCUACCCCGUCGUGGAUGCACCACCAGUCAUACCUCAUACAGCCUUCCGGCUCCGUGCUGACGCCAGGAAUGGACCACCCCCUCUCCCUGCAGCCUGCCUCCCUGAUGGGCCCGCUCACCCAGCAGCUGGGCCACCUCUCCCUCAGCUCCACGGGCGCGUACCUGCCGACGGCGGCCGCCAUGCAGAGCGCUUACCUCUCCCAGUUCCCGCCGGGGCCUCCUUCCGGCGUGCCCGUGGAGGAGAACAGCAGCCAGCAAAGCCAGGUGACCCUGGAUGCUCCCUCAGACCACGGGGUCUAUUCUUUCCAGUUCAACAAGUAACAGAGGACUCCCCUUUCCAUCCCUGUGGGACAUAAAUGAAUUCUUGGAGAUGCUGAAACUCCCAGACUCCGGAGGGCCAACCCGGAAUACAGAUCACCUGUGGGCCUGCUCCGCCCGCCCGCGUGGCCGGCGUCUCCCAGCCUGGGCCUCGGAGGUCUCCGCGGCCUGUCCUCCGCUCCCGCCACUCCCGAGGGAGCCUGGGAGCCAGGGAGCCAGACGCUGUGUGUGCGCUUCGUUCAAAGAAAUCAAAAAGCCCCCCCCCCUUUCCCCCUUUCUUUUGCAAAUAAAGUUUUAUGUGUUGUUUUGGUUUUUUAAAACUGCAAUAUGCAAUUCCCCUAUCCCAAAGAGACAUGGUGCCUGGAACUUAUCUUUACGAAAAACACUUUUUGAAGUGUUAAACUUAUUUGAGAAGGCUUUUAAAGUUUUUUUGUUACUUUUUUUUUUUU